AUGACCGGGCCGCCGUCCUCUUCCUACCCCGGCCAGGUCCCGCCGCCAGCCGCCGUGGUUUCGCCGGAAAACGAAGAGAAAAGCUCCGGUUUUGACAGAAAAUUCGCCGGCUUCGUUCUCCGUCGUCCGGCCGCCAUUUUUGGCGAUCAAGUUAGGGUUCGGCCGGAUUUCGGGAUGAGAUUCCGGCCACUUCCGGUCAGAUUUUGGGGUACGUCCAAGAACAAAAGUGACUCCAAAUUAGGUGUUUUACCUAGGGUAGGAGUCUGGGCUCACGAUUUGGAAGUUUUCCGGCGAUGGGUAUCGCUUUGGACACCCACGCGCUGCCGGCGCGUGUGGCGGCGCGUGGGCACUGUAGCUGAGGGGCAUUUUUGUCCCAUUGUGAUCCUCUCGAUGUCACGAGCGCGCAGGUGGGCUCGGAUCUCAAUUUGGAUAUCGUUAGAGUCCCGAACGGAUAUCGCAUAUCGCGUAUUACCAGGAUCGUGUAGGAUUCGACGGAUCGUAAAACGGAGUCCCGGAUACUCCGGAAAUGCCAACCCUGGGGACAUGUGUCCUAGAGCCUAUAGAACCUAUAGGAACUUUCGGAUUGGAGUUUGGAGGUUGUGGGCCCCGCAGGCCCGUUUGACCCUAGGGGAGACUCUGCCGAAAUUUUGGCAGAAAGUCUCGUGCCCUAAAUCCUCUCUGGUAAAAGAGGACAUAGUUUUAAGGAGUGAACCCGGCGUGGGUGUGAUGCCGGGGUCUCCGCAGGGUUCGUCUCGAGUUUCGGGAAAUUCGGGGCGGGUCCUGUCAGCACAACCAAAGUGCAAGUAG